AUGGCCUCGCUAAACCACCUCCUAUGCGCUACCGAUAGCGAAGAUCUAGCUCCGGCAAGGUCUCAAGUGCCUUCAGACUACGACAAACCAAACCUUCGGCGGUGCAGCGUCGACGGCUGCCAGAAGACAGCCAAGCGCGGCGGGCGCUGCAUCGCACACGGAGGCGGCAACAAGUGCGCCGUGGACGGAUGCACCACCAGCGUCGUGAGUCGAGGCUUGUGCGUCGCACACGGCGGAGGCAAGCGAUGCCAGACCCCGUCGUGCACCAAGAGUGCUCAAUCCGGAGGAUUCUGCUGGGUCCACGGCGGUGGGAAGAAGUGCGGCUAUGAGGGCUGUCCCAAGCGUGCUCAGAGCGGUGGCGCCUGCAUCGCCCACGGCGGUGGCAAGCGAUGUCGAAUGGAUGGAUGCAGUAAGGUGGUGCAGUACGACGGACUGUGCGUCGGACACGGCGGCUACCGGCGGUGUGUUUUUGAGAACUGCGACCGGCGAGCAAUGGCCAACGACUAUUGCCAGCAGCACGGCGGCUCCUCCGUGUGCGUCUUAGAGCACUGCUACAAGCGUGCGGUGCGUGGCGGAAUGUGCUCCGAGCACAAGGCCGAGGCCUCCCUGCAGGCCGUCACCGCAAGCAGAUUGCCGACACCAGCGACGAUGAACAUGAACAUGGAUCCGAACGCCAUGAGCCCGUGGUUCACGGCGCCCGAGGGCGAGUACCCGCCCAUGAACGCGCAGGCUCCGCACCCGAACAGCAGCGUCGGCGGCUCGGGCUUUCACGUGCCCGCUCCGGGCUCGUCCAGCGGCCUCAGCGGCACUGUCGGCUCCUCCUCCGGCUACUAUGACGACGAGGACGACGAGGACGAGUUCGCCAAUGAACCUCCGCUCUUGGAAGAGCUGGGCAUUAACUUCGAGCAUAUCUGGGCCAAGACGGUGUCCGUGCUGCUCCCGACCAAGCAGAUCAACGAGCACAUUCUGGACGAUGCCGAUCUGGCAGGACCGCUGGUCUUCUGCUUCCUCUUCGGCAUGUGUCUGCUGCUGGCUGCCAAGGUUCACUUCGGCUACAUCUACGGCUUCGGAGUGCUCUCGUGUCUGUUCAUGUACCUGCUGAUGAACUUGCUGUCUCCUGAGCGGACCAUCGACAUCUACCGCGUGUGCUCCGUGCUGGGCUACUGUCUGCUGCCGAUAAUCGGACUGGCAGCUAUCAACAUCGUCAUUUCCGUCAAGGACCUGGGCAUCGCCGGCUUCUUGCUCGCUAGUGUAUGCACGCUCUGGAGCACGCACACGGCGUCGCGGUUCUUCGAGAAGGCGCUCUACAUGACGGAGCAGAAGUACCUGGUCAUGUACCCGACCAUGCUGGUGUAUGCGUGCUUCGUGCUGAUUGCCGUGUUCUAGACGUCCUGUAAUCGGAGACCGUUGCAUUCUCAACAUACACAUACACUUACAC